CCGAGCUGUCGGUCGGUCGGUACCGAGCCAUUCGACUGACAGUCGCGAAGUGUCAUUCGCCAGCAAAAUACGCACCGACGUAGAGGACGACGACGUAGGGCCGCGCGUACAAGGAUAUAGGAACAUUUGCUGCUUUUUUUUCUGGGAUCCACAGAGCCUUUGAGGAAUAGACUAAAAGCGUCAGCUAAGAGAAAAGUAAACAAACAGAACGUAUAUUUUGAGUGGAAUCUCUAUCCACCAGCUGGUAUAUCUAUGUGGAGCUCGUUUGCUUUACCCAGUGCGGGACGUGCAGAAAACUGAACUGAAGCCUUCACGCAACACACUCUCGCCAGCAAACAACGAGUUCUUAAGAGAUGCAGGGGACAUUACUAUACGCUGUUUACAUCGCCACCAAUAUCGUGCUAAAUCAAGUGCCUCGUGAGUAUUUGUGCUUUCGAAAAACGUAAGAACUUGUAGAACCCCUUUACGCUACGGACAAUUUUCGGCCAAAAGCUUAAAAAGAAAAGCGUGUAAAAAGAAACACGAGUGUGUGUGUGUGUGCGUAAGCAAACCGAGUCCGUCAUAUCAGAUAAACACGGCCAGUGGCGUGUGGUGAAGGCAAGUGACAGCUUCGACAGUGCGCUGUUGUUUGGUUGUUUGUUUUUGUGUGCAUUAGCAGCGAAAGAAAGAGAAAACGAGUACAAAAAGAGCUGGAAAAGGAUAAAAACAGACACGUAACUCAUGCAGCAACGGAGCAAGCAAAGGACGGAUCAACAAGAUUAAUGCGACAUUUCUUCACGCAACAACAGCAGGUACAGGUACAGGUUGGAACGAAAAAGCGGUAAACGAAAUCAUCCCCCCCCCACCCCGGAAAAACGCCAACCACGGGAACACUUUAAAGUGAUGAUCUAGAGCGCAAAUAUGUCAAAUACUGACACAUCGACGACAGUGGCAGCAUGGACAAACACUUCGAGGCAACACUUGAUGAUGGCCGCCGGUCUGCUGGCGCUGCUGCUGCUGUCCGGCGGUGGCACUAACAUCCUCGUCUCGGCCGAAGGCAACAUCGGUUGCCUCUUUGCGGAAACACUUUGCUUGGAACACCUGGAAUGGUGCUAUGAUGACUUCGCCUUUGGAAAGUGUCUACCGCAGUAUGGGCUGGAACCGGAGGAACUCUUCCGCAAACCGCUGGAGGAGGACCAGAGCCGCAUCCUGGCGCGCAUGCUCGAGGAGCUCCAGGGGGCCGGUCUCGGCUGGGAGCACCCGUUCACCCAGUGCCGCAUCCAGGGUGCGCUCUUCGCCAUCCGCACCAACUCGGAGAUCCCGCAGACGCUGUGCGCUAACCUAGCGCCGGAUCCGGAGAUCCUUGGCCCCCAGAGUCCGCUUGCGUUCGUACGCUUUACGCCGCCGAACGAGGAGUACGCCGACGAGGUAUACUAUCCACCGCCGAAGAAAGCAUUCGCACACCAGCAGAUGGAGUCACCGGUUGAGUUAGACAUUCUGCCGGAGGUGGUUCCUCUGGAUCCGCGUGCACCAUCAAUUGAGCUUGAGCGAGCGCGACUUCAGGAGCUGCAGCGGCGGAUUGCUCUCGGGCGAAUGCUCAAGCAGUACGAUGCCGAUCAGCAGCAGCAACAUCCACCGGACGUUACGGACUAUCUGGAUAUGGGAGCUGAGAUGAACGAGAUCGAAGACAGCCAGCUGUUACCGUUCAAGGCGGCGGAAGGUGAGCGUGAGUGGGCAUACGGAGCGAGCAAACGGGGAGCGACCGGCUCGGGCAUCUUCCGCGAUCAACAGGCAGGAAAUGAUGAGGAACGCGCUCUCAAGGAACUGGUCGAUCGCUUAACACCGGCCGACGUAGAUCCGGAGUUUGAGUACAUCUACCCCAAGACGUCAUCCUUCCGAGAGUACGCGAAAGAGCAUCACAUCCCGAAGAUAUCCAACUUUGCGCCCGAAAACGUCAACCGACUACAGCAAGAACCAGGAGCGGCGAAAGCUAACGACCCAAACGUGGACAAGUUCUACACCCAUCCGCACAAAGCAGUUCCUCAUACGCGCAAUGAAAUUCCAGCCUCGGGCAACUUCCGUGAGUCAGCCGUAGCUGCUUAUGCACCCGGUCCGGAAGCAGGUGGCUUGUACACCGAGGGAGGUUUCGUUUACGUUCCAAAGUCGGGUGGUCGACCAGGCAAGGAUGAAGCGCGCACCCUGCUGGACAACAUCCUUGGUUUUACCAGACGCGAGCGGCUAGACGUGAAGAAACCGGGACCUCCGGCAGCACCACCACCAUCGGGCCAGAGUCCUAGCGAACCACCGAAGGAGAUGGCACCAGCAGAGGAAAAACCUCACCCGGCAGCCACAGGUGAGGAUAAGCGACCGAAAUCGAAGAAGGAACUGUUUGCCCACACGGACGACGACCAUGCACCGCACUCGGUCGAUACGGAGUACGCGCACGUUAUCCUGAAGAAUCCGAUUGACAACUGGAAGGAUGGAUCGAGGAUUGUGGCCGCGCUGGCUGAGCUAUUGAACAUGCAGGGCUACUUCACGCAUCCACGAGUCGAUCGGCACGAAGUCUCGUUCCGUGUGGAGGCGAACCCGGAUCGCAAAACGGCUGCCGAUGUUGCCAAGCAGAUCAACGAUAGCCGCUUCAAGAACAAUCUCUCGCGACGGUUGGGUGUGCUCGUUAUACAGGCCGGCGUUGGCGAUAAGACCAAGGAAAACGAUGUCUCUUCACAGCGUUUGAAGCGUGUCGAGGAUGGACCGAACGUUACCCACGUUAUGGCUUACAUGUUUGCUGGGGCAGGAGCAGCAGCUGUUAUCGUUGUUGCGAUGACGCUGUUCCUUAUCCGCAAGCACGAUAAGAAGAAGGACAAACUGGGAGGACUUCAGUCGGGAUUGAGCGGUGCCGACAGCUCGAGCAAGGAUUAUCAGGACCUUUGCAGAGCGCGUAUGGCAGGUGGAAAAACGGGACCUACUGGCUCGGAUUCCCCUGGCGGACGCAUAACGGCACUGACGAAGGAAGCCGAAGCGAGACCUCCAUCGUCCCGCUCGAGCACAUCCUCCUGGAGCGAAGAGCCGGCGCUAACGAACAUGGACAUCUCCACCGGCCAUAUGGUGCUGUCGUACAUGGAGGACCACCUGCGCAACAAGGGACGACUCCAGCGCGAAUGGGAAGCACUCUGCCGGUACGAGGCGGAACCGAGCGCACGGGAUGCGGCACUACAGUCCCAGUGUGCUCCACUAAACCGUCCCGGUGCACCUUUACCGUACGAUCAUUCGCGUGUUGUGCUGAACCAUCUGGCGAACGCAGAAGGCAUGGACUACAUCAACGCGUCCACCAUCACCGAUCACGAUCCGCGUGCCCCGGCGUAUGUCGCUGCUCAAGGACCGAUGCAGUCGACGCUGGCACACUUCUGGCAGAUGGUCUGGGAGCAGGGUGCUGUAGUUCUCGUGGCUCUGUGCCGUCUGCAAGAGAACGGUGAGCCGGCGUGUGCUCGCUACUGGCCCGAGGAAGGUGCCGAGGUGUAUCACAUCUACGAGGUCCAUCUGGUUAGCGAGCAUAUCUGGUGCGAUGACUACCUGGUGAGGUCGUUCUACCUGAAGAACCUGCGCACGGGAGAAACGCGUACCGUGACACAGUUCCACUUCCUGUCCUGGCCACAGGGUGGCGUACCGACGUCCGCGAAGGCACUGCUCGAUUUCAGGCGCAAGGUCAACAAGUCGUACCGAGGACGUUCGUGUCCGAUCGUUGUGCACAGCAGCAAUGGAUCGGGACGUACCGGUGCCUACAUCUUGCUCGAUCUGGUCCUUGGACGCAUGAACAAGGGCGCCCGGGAAAUUGACAUUGCCGCAACACUGGAACAUCUGCGCGAUCAGCGUGCCGGGCUCGUGGCCACCAGGCAACAGUUCGAGUUCGUCCUAAUGGCCGUCGCGGAAGAGGUGCAUGCCAUCCUUAAGGCACUGCCACAAUCCACCAGCAGCAACAAGGGCUCGCAGGAUCAGGAAAAGGAUGACAAGGCAGCACCGGAAGCAGCGAAGGCGGCCGACAAACCAGUGGACAAGUGAAUCAUCAGCUGAAGAUGUGAGCGGAUACGGAUGCAUUUAGUUGGGCUUAGUUGUAGUAGUUCCUUUACGGUGAAACGUUAUUCAUUUCUCCUGUCAGAUCUGAUUUUAUGUCAAGUCUAAAACACAGAUAAGUCACUUCCUAGACCCACUCUUGUUGAGUGGCCAAGUUAAGAUGUUUUAUCAUCGGAGUUCCGUUGCGCUCUGCGCCUUUUUAAUUCAACUCCUUUAGAGUACUAGAAUUGCCUCUAACGUUCUUUGUUGUUUUAGAUGAUUUUGUUAACAAAAGUUUCCCCUUUCGAAUGCUUAGUAAUCUCCCCCGGACAUAAAAUAUGGGGGAGAAGCUAUUAGCGCGAAGCGGGAACCAUAUUGGACAGAUGACGACAAACAAGCUAACGGAGUUAUUCGGAUUGAAUCGAUUAAACAGAACCUACACGCUAAGCGAACCCCUGGAUGCACGCACUCAAAACGGAAGACGGCACAACCAUGAAUCGAACAGGCAAAACAAAACAAACAAAAAAAAAGAAAUUUAUGUAAGAAAUCCAUACCAAAAACAAACACAUUUACACACAAACACACACACUGUACGCUGCGAGGACAGCGAGCACAACUGAUGCACUGUCAAUUUGAGAACACCCUUAUGCAGAGCAGCGAGCAGAUCAUCUUUCGGUACGGUGGAUGCACCGGCGGUAUCCUUGACCCGGCCGGACCACUUUGCCCACCAGCCUGCAAAGUGGUGCUGGCCGGGUGUGAGACCGGGAUGCGGCGGUGGGCCUACCGAUCAGACAGAUCAGCGCAGUAUCAGCAGUAGACGAAAAAUCGACACCUUCUUUUGAAUAUCAUCUUUGCAGCGAGCGAAGCGAUCAAUGCAAGGACAAAGCGGGGCAACAAUGGCAAACAUGGCCUCUAGAGGAAACCUCCUGAACCAACGGACUACUACCUAUCAUUCACCUACUAUUUAGCCGUCAUCGUCACAUCGCCAAUCAAUGUUACUAACUGUGGGUGACUGUGACCGUGGGUCCUCACUCAAGGAAAAAUGGAAAAAAAACAAAUCAUCUAUGUACCUCCUAUAACUACUUCUACUAAGCGUACUAACGCGUACACUAAGUUGAAAUUCUUGUUUUUCACCUAGCACCUCUUGGCAGACUUGGUGUGUCAGCGGUCAGUUACGUUACGUUGAAGGCCAGUAGUAGCCAGAUGGAUAUUUAUCCCUAACCCAGUAUCCUUUCCCAAACCCCGGACAACUCAUUACAAAGGCAUACCAAAAAAAGGAAGAUACAAACGUCAUACAUAUAUCUAUACAUACAAUACAUUAUUAUACAUAACAAAAAGUAAUUAUAUAUAUAUACAUACAUUACAUAUAUACAUUAUAUUAUAUUGCAAAAAGCAACAGAGAUAGAGAGAAUAGGUGGGAGACAAAAGGAAAGAAUGUUUCCCCCUCCCCUCGUAACGUAUUUUAAAACCUUACUACACAAACCACUGGAGCUGAUAAUGAUGAUUAUGGUCAUAUAUUGAGCGGAUUGCGGGGCAGUCUGAAUUAGUGAAUUGAAAAGUAUAUAUUUUAUCGACCUCGAGGCAGGGUGCUCGAGUUUUGGGAGGAGUUCGUUUCGUACAAAAAGCGAUUCAAAAUCGCGCCACACACACACGCGGAAUUCAUAGAGCACAAAACUCGAAGAAGCAAGAUGGCGAUCAUCAGAGAUCACAGAGUGCAGCUAUUAGGUAGGAGUAGGAAUUUAGAAAAGGAAGAAAAACCAAACCAAAUACCUAGGAUGUAGGGUACGGCACAUUUGAUGUGCUUGGUAGACAGGGCAGGCAGACCGACAGUCCACAGAAGUAAACGUGAACAAUAUCCAAACACAAGAACACCGCAACGAACACGAACGAACGACCGUUUUGUUGGGCAAGAUCUGGACGAGAGAGGUACAAUCGGGCGAAGGAAGUGCAUGGGAGGAUGGAAAGUGAGGUUAGGCAAGGGGAAGAAAAUAUAUAUUUUUUGAUUCCUUAUUGUAGAAACAGCCGGCACACCGGUCGCUACUGCACCGCUGAAGCGCUUGCGUCGCUCGCACCAGAGUGUACGAACGGGAGGGUUUUGCGGUACGGAACAUUGUUACAGCGGUACGCCGUUUGACAGAUCUGUCAGCGGCUCCUUCGAUGUAGUGCCCGAUCGGCGAACGACGCACGCUUCACUAUCGCAGUAGAGGACGUGCGAGUGUGUGUCCGACAAGCUGUCAACCAUUUAGUAUACAUACUCACACACACACAUAUAUAGAAAGCAGCAGCCAGAAAACCUUUACCAUACUAUAUACUACAAACACACAAACACGUGACGGGGGGAAGAAAAUGCAUUUUAGUGUUAUAAACAAAACAAAACAAACGCCCCGCACGAGGUAAACCAACUAAGCGUAUGUAAUUGUUCGAUGAAAAUGUGUACUUUAUGAAAGUAACGAAACGUUAUGCUUAUUCCACUUUUACCCAUUUUAGUGAUUUAAUGUGUGAUUCAACGUAUGCAUGUUACUAAAGCUACCCAAAAGAAGAGAAAAAAAGAGUAAACAAACAUAGAGCAGAAGCAGCAACAGAAAAAAAAACCAUCUCACUCACACAUAUACAAUCUAUCUAUAGCGCGAGCGAGCGACAGUGGCAACUAUCGGGAGUGUGCGUAUUUUCACGAUCUUCAGUAAGAUGAGCAUAUAUUGUACUGUAACCGCACCAGGUUAAGUGUUACUUACCCACGUACCCGCUCAAAAGCUCGACCAACGUCCCCGCACAGCCACGCCACACAGACUCGCCCAACCAACAUCAGCGUUCGACAGCUCGAAGCCCGCAACUCCAGCCUGUUGAGGGUUUCGAAGCUGUCCGGGCGAAAGCUUGUGGCGGAAACGCUUGGGAGUCGCAUCUAAGAACUACUAACCGAACCCAACAUGGCGCCCACUUUUGAAGGAUCGACAGUUUCGGCUUGGGCCCGUUUGCGAGCAUUUCGGCCGCAAUCGCACACCUUUUCGGCUGUUUUUAUUGGUUUUGGGGGCAUUCAAUUUCCAAUCCACAUUCGCCAACAAAAAAAAAAUGGUAGCAAAACAACAUCUUUCCUAAGAAAAUUCUGACGACCGGAUGGGGAGAAAAGUUUGAUGAGGAGCACGAAACAUGCACUGGAUAUAUCUGGAGACAUCAUUCUCUCCCUCUCUCUUUCACUUGCACCAUUAUACAUGUAUAUCAAAACAUAAGGAACUGGCAUCAAACGGGCCAGGACUUGAAACUUUCGCCUAUCGAAAAGCAAGGCGCCAUUGUGAGCGAGAAUUGAGCGUGGACACUAAUUAUACUAAUCAACAAAAUGUACUAAAAGCGACAAACUCUACGAACAAAAAAGAAAAAUUAAGCGCAAGAUGGCGAUAGUGAUUUGUUUACACUUUACAAAAAAAAAAAAACAAACAGGCAGAAGGGCGAAAACACAUAACACAUUUGGACAACUUGAAUCAUAAACAAAUGGCAACCGCAGAAGUAUCUAUGUGUGCGUGGAAAGAGAGAAAGCAGGCGAGAGAUAAAGGAGAAGAAGUAAAACGAAUUAAUCAGAGACUGAGUAAAAACAAAUGAAGUAACAAACAAAAGGGAAACCCCUACAAUUACACAACCCAACAAAAACAAUGGAAUACACACUAGUUUUGUGAACUUAUUUAUCUGAAAACCUAAACCUGUUGAAGCACAACGCGUUAAGCGCGCCUAUCUAAGUAAGCAAGAAGAGAAGAUCUAAUAAACCGGAUUAUGUUUUACAUACAACUCUACUUCAAAAAAACAAAACCAAAAACCAAAAAUGCUGUUUCUUAGUAGUGUUGCUUUUUCUUCCGACACUUCGAUGUUUAUACUGGAGGUUGAGUUUCUUUGGUCGGUCUUUUUUUUUUGCUGUCAGCUCAGUAUCGUCUCUAGCAACAGUUGUGCGAUUGGGGAUGGAGAUUUUUUCAUUUAAUUUUACACACACACACACACACACACACAAACACACUCUUUUGCACUUACACAAACAACACAAAUGUAUUUACGAACAAACAAACAAAACACUAAACGAAUCGAACGGAACAAAAUGGAACACGGACAAAUUGCACCGGAAAAUCAACAUGACCAACGACGGAUACGGAUAAACGAGAUUACGAGCGUAUAAAACAAAUGGGAAACUCAUACAAAGGAAAACCAAAUCUGUAAUGGAUUACUAUAUACAUAUACAUAUACAUAUAUAUGAUACUUUUUGAGCUAUUUCACAUAAAUUAUAUAGACAUAUACAUUUAAAUGGGGCAAAUAAACAAACAAAAAAAACCAAACAAAAAAAUGGAAGCGAAAGCACAAAACAGAAACCAACAUAUAGGAUAGAGAUGGCGCCGACUGGCAUACAUGGUACACCCCACUAUGGAAAUACAUAUAUAUAUAUAUAUACAUACACGCAUUAUGUGCAUAUACACUAUAUACUUAUACAAAAUGUCAAUCAGUGUAUCCCUCCUUUCGUUCCCACAAGACACAAUCCAGGACAGGAUCAAUUCAUCACCACACGCCUCCAGCCUCUCCUCCACACAUCCCCUCUAAUGUGCCGCCCACCAUACAAUUACAAAUACAAACACCUAACUCACUACUACUUUUGUGGCUUGGUACGUUUAUAGCAGCAACCGGUACCGUACGUACGCCUACUUUGAUGUGAUUGUGUACAGCGGUACGGAGUGGAGUGCAGCAUUUGUACAGCGGUUACCACGCUGCCUACUGCUCAUCGUUGCAGACCGAAUGCUCGCUUGUCUGUGCGGAUUGCAUACGUUACGAUCGUUGUCCGUCAGCUUUCGAAAGGUAUGCAAUGCGCACUGCAAAGCGCAUUCAAUGCAUGAAUAUAUCAUACAGUUUAGCACCACUUGCGAACUAGGAAUGCGGUGUGUACAUGUGAAACACAUUUUGAACUUUUAACACAGAUGAAAUGUAUAAGCAAAAGAAGAUAAAGCAAACUAUAUUAUCCUAUAGCAUCCUUCCAGGGAGGGAGAAAAACAGCUGAAGAAAAGCCUGAGUAAAGAGUGACCUGCGCUGGCAGCUAGAACAGGAGCAUGAACAGGAGCUACACUUAGAAUUGAAUUUAUUGUUAUACAUAUUUACCACUACCCGUUUAACACUUGAACGCCCCUGUUUCAGGGAAGAGAAAACUCACAAACACGCACACUAUUUAGCCGAGCCGGAGGGAUUAGCGAGAGUAGUAAUAUCUCUCUCAUGCGGCAGUUUUGAACGGUUGACAGUGCAAGACAGAGGAAGCUUAUUUGGUAGACAGCAGACUACGGCAAAACAGAGGUGUAUUCAUAUUUAUCUUUAUGUGCAACUAAAUGUCCAAAUGUCCUUUAGGCGAUGCAGAAACCGAUGAUCGGAAGAUCGACACCGCAAAACUCACAAACACUUAUACUCCAUACACAUCAAAAGCAUUAGUGAAGAAUGGAAAAAUAAAUAACAUAUGUUUAUUUUCAAAAGAGCAUCCAGAAAAAUCUAAA